AUGCUGAUGUGCACGAUAGUGACAGAGUUUAAGCGAGCCAUGGACGGUGUCAUAUACGAUGGGGGAAUCGCGGAUCAAAUAGACGAAUGGACCAUCAAAAGAGCCGUACUUAGUCAUCCCCCAGAUUUCCUCACCAGUGGCGAGGGGGAAGCCAACCAAGAUUUACAGUUACUAUGGCGACCACUGAAUAGCAGCAACACAAUGUUUGCUUUGGAAGAAGUGUGUGAUUUGAUAGACAGUGGGAUACAGGGACUAGUCACCGCUCUCCCGUGCAGACCACGUCAAUACAUUUUGUCCCAGGCAGACGUCUUCCGCUUACCACAUGUCAGCAUCAACACAGAGUCAUGUGACACCCGGACAUCCGGUCAGUACUCCCUCCAGGCAGGCGUCAACAGCUCGGUACUGGCCAGCCUCGUGACAGACGUGAUGAGCAGCAUGAGCUGGCACAGUGCAGGUCUUAUCCUCGACGAUUCCGUCGAUUCUGUUCAACGUAAAACCCUGGUGCUAUCGCUAUCCGCUAGUAUGGUCGAGUCGUCCAUCGUUCUUUUGGAGACCACUGCCUCGGAGACGCAAAUGACGGGCUUAUCUCGGCUCGUCGGGGUAGACCAUGAGGCCAUCAUCGUGAGAGUCAAGUCCAGUAACUUGAGGGAAGUACUGUCACAGAGUCACCGCUUAGGUUUGCUUGCCCCCUCGUACUUCUGGAUCCUCCUGAUAGACGACCUGAUACCGGAGGACGCCGCCUCGAUCUUACGUCCGUACGUGGACAGCAACGUGAUGCUGGUUCGGCCAGCCUGGAGCGGAAGUCGACGAAGUACAGAUGGUCAUUGUCAGCUGCUUCACUGUCUGCAGGAAACCUCCUGUACCCAGUUCUGUCCCUACAUGUCGUUAUUUCAGGCCACCCUAGUAGACGCUAUUUCCUUAUUAUUUCAAGCCUCACUGGGAGUGCGUGGACCUGAACCAAACAAACCGACCGGCACCAGUUGUCUGAUGACGACCAAUCACACCAUUCCUGGAGCUGACUUAGUCAUGGAGGCUAUCUUUAAAGAAAACAGUCCGGGGUUUACUACGUGCCACGGUUUCACACCGCAGGGAUUUCUCAUCAAGAUCAACUAUGAACUAUUCAGCUUGUACAAUUCCAGCAAAUCCCCGUACCAGCUUGUAGCCUCGUGGGAUUCUCAGAACGGUCUGUCCACAUCUGAUGAUGAAAAGCUCUUCCUGAACAAGUUUUACGACUUUGGUGGCCGUGUUUUGACAAUUGCAACUCUGGAGUCCAAGCCAUUCUGUCUGCCGGUGAAGAAGAAUAACAAAACGGUAUUUACGGGAUUCGCUUUUGACAUUCUCAACGAGCUGGCUUCUAGGUUAAAAUUCAGGUACGUCAUAGUGGAGCCUCCAGACCGCUUGUAUGGGGCCCCCAACCCGGAUGGUUCUUGGAAUGGCAUGGUGGGCAUGGUGAAACGUGGAGAAGUAGACCUUGCCGUCGGCCCUUUCACCAUCACCUCCAUCCGAGAGAGUGUCAUAGAUUUCACCAAACCCUACCUAGAGGACAGCACAGGUAUUCUUACCAGAAAACCCCAGGACGAAGAUUCGCAGCUCUUCCAGAUGUUUAAGCCGUAUUCUGGGGAGGUGUGGGGAGCGAUAGCAGGGGCUACAUUCCUAGUGGGUGUUAUUUCCUUCCUGGUGAAUUACCACACACCCUACAGCGGUAUCCGACAGGGUAUGGCUGACUCCACCACGGAUGAAAUCAGCUUCAGCGAAAACCUCUGGCUCAUCUACAGCUCGGCCAUGGAACAAGGGGCUACCUAUCAUCCCAACGCCACGUCAGGCCGAGUUGUUCUUGGUUUCUUCUGGAUCUUCACCAUCGUGGUGGUGGCGACUUACACGGCGAACCUAGCUGCCUUCCUCACAGUCUCCAUGCCCUAUACCCCGAUCAACAGUCUAGGAGAACUGCUGGCCCAGAAAGAGGUUCAGCCUGUCGUGAAAAACGGCACUAACCUGUGGGCUAUGUUCUCGACCUCUAAAAAAGGCAUUUACGUGGAUGUUUGGGAGAGGCUUCAAAAUUCACCACGUGCAACAGUGACGGAGGACGCCCUGAAGUUAGUGGAGACGGGCCGGUACGCAUACAUGUCCGACACUGCCCUGCUCAAAUACAUCGCCCUCAGCGGCUGUAAGUUUGCCGUGGCCAACGAGGUGUUCAAUACGGCCGGAUAUGGAUUCGUCAUGCCUGAAAAUGCUCCUUUUGAAACCGCUGUUAAUUACAAUAUAAUGAAGAUGCAGGAGGCAGGCCUGAUAGAGAAAUGGCGCCAGAAGUGGUGGACAUCGGAGGCGGAGAGCUGUGGCUCGGAGGAGCGCACGGGUUCGGCCACGAGCCUCAGCCUAAGUCACCUGGGAGGAGCUUUCCUUGUCUACAUUAUCGUCGCUGGCAUCUCUAUCGUCUGUCUCGGACUGGAGAUAAUAGGCAAAACAUCCGGCGUUGUGAGGAAAUUGCGCUGUAGAUUCCAACAAUCUGUCACCGCUAAAACCAACAGUUUUCAUCAGAAUGGGAAGCACAUUUAA